GCCAUGCCAUGGAGCCGCUGAUAUUUGCAUUUGUUUACAAACUUUUUUUACAUCGAAAUUGGAAUUAAAGAUUAUUUAAACUAAUUUAAACAUGGCUAAUUCUACGUUUAAUUUAGAAAUACACAAAGUGAAAAAGCUACCCGAAACCGCUUACUACAUUUCAAACUUCAUAACAGAAGCAGAAGAGCGCGCCAUACUAUCGAACAUUUACGCCGCGCCCAAGCCAAAGUGGACGCAACUGAGUAACAGGAAACUGCAGAACUGGGGCGGAGUCCCGCACAGCAAGGGCAUGAUCGCCGAGGUCAUUCCCCCCUGGCUCGACCAGUAUCUGGAGAAGAUACAUGAGCUCAACGUCAUGAGCGGGAAACGGCCAAACCAUGUCCUAGUGAAUGAAUACCUGCCGGGACAAGGAAUUAUGCCUCAUCUAGAUGGGAACCUGUUCUACCCAACCAUCACAACCAUAUCGGCCGGCUCACACAUAGUGCUCAAGUUCCUAGAGCCAAGCAAAGAUGACCGUAAAACUGAUCUCACCCAUAGGUUUUCAUUACUGCUGGAACCGAGAAGUCUUCUUAUACUACAGGAUGCCUUAUUUGAGUAUUACCUUCAUAGUAUUGAGGAGAUAACAGAGGAUUUCAUAGAUGAUUCUAUAGUGAACUUGGAUAUGUGUUCUAGUAGUUUUGUGAAAGGAAGUGUGGUCCCGAGAGAGACAAGGAUAUCACUGACAAUAAGACAUGUGCCUAAAACUACAGCAUUCAAACUAAAUAUUGGUAAUAAAAGAUGAUGAAAGA